CUGAACAUUUCAAUAUUUUGUGUGACUGAUUCUUCUCCGUUGUAUUAUUUGUUAGAGACCGUCAGGGUGGAAAAACACCAACAUCAGUUUCACCAUUUCCUUCAGGAACUAAUCUGAAUUUUACUGACUUCUACUUAAAAAAAAAACCCCCAGAAAACAAAAAAGGACUUUGUCAUGGAUGCUUCAGGUAUACCAAUUCAAGUGAAAACUGGCUUUAUCAUCCAUUACCACAAAAAACUAUUUUCUAAAGACUGGAAAAAGAAAUAUUUAGUAUUGAAUAGCGACAGUAAUCUGGAAUGGUUUGAAGAUGAAGAAUGCAAAUCUUUGGAAGGUGUUGUUAAUUUGAAGCAAAUAAUGUCAUUCCUAGCCAUUGGUGAAGCAGCCAAGUAUGUUCCUGGUAAACCUAAACUGCCACCUUAUGGACAAGAUAAGCUUUUAAUGGCUGUACCAGACAAACCUUGUAGAAGCAGCAAGAUUGAAUGGUUCUUAUUCACGGAUGCAGACAACUUAGGGAGUUGGCUUGAAGCUAUUAAAACAACUUUGCCACAACAGCCAGAUAGUAGCAACGGUACACCACUUUGCACUGAAACUUCUGUAAACAUGCUUCCACAGCCACCCUUUUCAACACCACCACUGCAACCACUACCACCACCACCACCACCUCCUGGUGGACCUUAUUAUCUGCCAAAUACCUUUGGUACAAACAUCAACAGGGCUCCACCAAGCUAUCCACCAAUGUACCAACAGCAGGUGACAACCAUUUCCCCUGUAGGAUAUCCAAGGAUACAACAGCCACCACCACAGACUGUUAUUGUCCGGGAAGAGAGAAGUUCCAAUGAUGGAUUUGCUCCAGGUCUUCUUUUGGGUGAUGCCCUGGGAUUUGGCCUUGGAGCUGGAUGGUUUUCAGGCGGUGGCUAUGGUGGUGGGUAUACAGGAUUUGAUGAUAGCCAAAAUAUCCAGAUCAACAAUUAUUAUGAUGUCGAUAACACAAAUAUUGAGAACACUGACUUCACUGAUGUUGAUAACAGUUUUGACACCAAUAACUUCGAUAUUGGUAACAAUGAUGGAUUUUGUGAUGAUGGAUUCAACUUCUGAAGACAUGAGACCUGAACACUAAGUGCAACUAUAUACACUCAAAUGAAAUUCUGCACAUGAGAAACACAUAUUUUGACAUAGCUUUAGGUGUAAUUAUACUCUAUUUAGUCAGACUAGCCAAAUUUCAUCUUAGAAUUCAGAUAAAAAUUAAGUUGAAAUAUUUCCCAGAAUACUAUUAACCAUGACAAAUAUAAUAUGUUUAUAUCCAAAAUGGUAUCAUUUAAUGAUAAUUUGCCUUUAAUCUGCUUUGGAUUUUGGCUACUUAUAAAAAAGUAUAAUGCAACUAGCCAACUCAAUAGAUUGUUUCUUGCUUACAAAACAGAUUUUCUUCUGAUAGAAAACUGGUUGAAUCUUCUUGCAGUCAAGUGUAGAGCUAUUUAAAAAAUAUUUCUUUGUGAUAUAUGUAUACACUGUAUGCUAAAUAUAUAUCAUUCUUUUGAAUGCAAUUUACUGGUAUUCAAUAUUCAGUUACUGUUACUUUAAAUUCAUAGAAAAAUGUUUUAAAAUAUUAUUUUACGACUUUAUUAAAACGUGUUCUGUAA